UUUAGCGCCUUCCGAGUUGAUUGGUUCCAUUCGCGUGUUGAACUUAUCGUAAAACUAAUUUCUGACAUCAAAAACACUCUUUUUGCGAGGUAUUUAUCCAUUUUCUUGCGCCCAGCAGUGUUACUUUAUUCCGGAUGCACUGGGGAACAACAACUUGGUAAGGGGUUUGGUUACCUUUGUAUGUGGAUGGGCUAGUGAAGUAAAGGCACGAAGCAGGCGACGACUUUAGAAAGCACAAACCACACUCCACAAAGCCACACCGGUCCUUUGUAGCACACUUACCACAAAAUGCCCGAAGGCUGUUCGGUAGCGUCCUGUACCUUCAACCGGGAACGGGUGAAAUCCCUUCAGCUGGACAUCAUCUUCCACAAGUUUCCUACUGACCCGCUGCUGAAGCAGAAAUGGCACGAGUUCUGCAAACAGAGCCCGAACUGGAAGCCACCCAAGAACGGUUUGGUUUGUUCGAAUCACUUCACAAAGGAUGAUUACCAAAUGACCCGGUCCCCGCUGCUGCAAGCAAACAGGCUGUAUCGAAUGCUUAAAAUCAAUGCGGUACCAUCCAUCCGGAAUGGUGUGCCCAUUCCCGUAGCGACGAGCAGAGUGAUCGAAGAGGCGACACGCAAACAGCUGUACGAACAGCUGUACAACAACGACACUGCCCACGGCACAGAAGCGGUCUGCGAGCUGCUGGAUGGCCACAAGAACCGCUUACCGAACUACGUUUACCGCCUGCACCAAUUCCCGAACCUAUGCGCCUUCUGCUUUACAGCUUGCGCGGACAGCAAACAGUUCUUUCCGCUCACUCAAUACCAUAACGAGCUGCGUUGCACGAUUGGCGAAAAGUUUGACGAAAUUGCAGCGACAACGACGGAUAAAGAGGAACGUGCCGCCCUGCAGCACAUGCUGCCCGAGAAAGUGUGUAAGGCGUGCUUGGACGCACUCGUAUCGUACCACCAGUACCAAAGACAGCUGAAAUGCCUGCGCAUGUUUAGCACCGGGAUGGCGCAGCUGCGCAAAGGGAACCGCAAACCGCUACAAACCCUGUACGCAGUCGAAGGCGAUUACCUGACGAACGUGCUGAAGAGUCUCAACAUCUGCCCGGAGAUGGAGAAGCAGUUUAACCUGUAUCCCGAAACGGCGCAGGGCGUUACGCUAGAUAUGUACGUGCAGGAACAGAAACCGGAAGUGACGGUUGCCUUCCCACCCGUACAGCAGCAUACAACGGUGAGGGUAAACGAGGCACCCGCAUUGGAAAUGGUUGUCGAGCAGGCUACGGUAGAUGCUGCACCUAGCAUCCCUACUUCUGCCAGCGCCCUUCUGGCGCAGAAACAAAAACGCGGCAGACCGCGGAAACGUGAGCCGGACGGCAGCUGGAAGGAGACCUGGUGCUGUCCGUUCGUGAACGUUUGCAACAGGUGGUUCGCGGAUCAGGCCUCGCUGAAGCUACACAUGGCCACCCGGCAUAAGUACUUCAAAUGCGACACCUGUGGGUUGAAGGUGAAGUUUUACGACGUGUUUAAAAAGCACCUGGAAAGCCACGCCGUCGCACGUGCGCUGCUGUUGAACCAUAAUAGUAAAAGUAAGAGCGCGGGAGUGAAAUGUGACAUCUGCUUGAAGGUAUUUCAAAGUGCCGAAGUUCUUGAGCAUCACAUGCAGAGUCAUUCUUCGGUUGGGACCGGUGUAUUUAUUAGUUUGCCCGAAUGUGGCAGCAACAGAUUCAGUACAAAAGGUGGCCACCAAACGAGUGAUUCAACAUGUAUCGAUGAUUCGGAAAAUGAUGCGUGGAGUGUCGAUCCGCUAGGCUCGGAAGAGGUGCCCACAAAGGGGGCAUUACUGUCUUAUUUAGAUCAUGACUACAUGUAGGUAAGGCUAGAACCGACGAAAAUGAAAUGGCAGAACAGAAUAAAUGAACGCAUGUUUUCAGAACACAA